AUGUGGCCCCUCCGCGGAGCGCACCCCUGCGGGGGCGGCCGAAGGACGUUCAGCAACACGGGAGAGUACUCCUCCAGCGUCAGCCGGGUCUUUAACAGGCUGAGUGAGAAGUUGAAGGGGAGGAGCCCCGAAGGAGGGGGAGACACCACCGCCUCACUCCCUAGAGGGGGACGUACUGGUGGAGGACCCCCCCACCCGGAUGCUAUCACCAAACAGUUCGAAGGAGCAGUUAGCAAAAUGGAGCUAAGCAGAAUGCUGGGAAGGGACCUUUCCUAUUGCAUGAACAUCCUUUCCAAGCUGGAGCACUUCAGAGGGCACUCCUUCUGGGAGAGGGCAUGCAACCGGUUGGUGAAGGGACACAUGCUGCACCGGAUAAACACAGAGAGUUACUUUAUAAUGGCCAAUUCGUUAAGUAGAGUGGAUCUCCUCUUAGGUGGUGAUGCUCAGCAGAGGAAGGGGAAGAAGUCCGAACGAUUGGCAGCUGGGGGUGGGUCUCCUUUGUGUGAUUCCUCCCCCUUUGGGUUUGUCUCCUUCGAUGGGGAUGUAGCAGUGGAGAGGGGAAAGAGCUACCACCGAGUGUAUAGCGAAAUAGCUUUUAGGUUUCUCCUCAAUUUGGAGGCCUUUCAUGUUGACUGCAUAAGUUGCGUGCUGAACAUGUUUGCCAAGCUGAAUUUAAGAGAGUACAAUCUGCUGGGUUACUACCUGGCUGAUUACGUUCUGCUGGCAGAGUUCAGGAGGGGAGAGGGGAAGGAGAGUCCCCCUCAGGGGGGGACCCAUUGCCAAUCAAAUGGGAAAAGGCCCACGAAAAUGAGUAAAUUUAGAAGCUCUUCUGAUGGUAGUGAAAGGACAACCCUACUGCAUGUAGACGGAGGUAGCAUCUCCAAAUUGGUAAUCAUUUUACAUUCUUUGGCCAAGCUGGGGGUGGUACACUUGGAGUUCCUCUCCCUUUGUUGUUUUUUUUUGAGGAAGCAUCUCAUGCGGCUGAACAGUCUAGACAUCUGCAAUGUGAUGCAUGCAUUUGCCAAGUUGAUCCCAUUGUGCAGUGGGGGGAAGAAGCAAAAUCGGGUUGGUCUCCUUAGAAGAGUUAAAAGCGAAGCUUUUCAGGCCUAUCUCGACACUGUUUUGAAGUGCACCCAGGGGUAUGUGCCCCGUUAUGGAAGCACAGCCGGGGUGCACAAUACGUAUGAGUUACUUUUACGUAAAGAUGUGGAGGGGAAAUUGAAGCAGUUUUGCAGUGAUUUUGAAGGAGAGGUGGUUAAGUUGACCAUGCAGAUUGGCGCAUUGCUGCAGAGGGAGCCUGUCCUGGGCAGCCUAACAGCUCUGCAGGUAUCGUCUCUGUCGCUUUCGAUGGCCAAGUUGAAGCUACACUUUAGUGGCGAUUCUUACGGCUCUUCUCACGCCGCCUUCUACGCCGCCUCCUACGCCAUCAUUCGGAGGGCCCACCACCUGUGGAGGGACUUCUCCCUGCAGAGCAUUGCGGACUUCCUCUUCGGAGUGAACGAGAAGAACAUCUCGGAUGAGCAGGUCACUCUGCUGCUGUGUUACCAGUUUGUUCGUCUCAUUCACGCCAAGUACUGCUCCUCCGCCUUAAUGAAGAGGGACUCCUUUUCGCAAAAUCACCUGAACGUGGUCAGGCAGAAUGGGGAACGUAUUUACUUCUUCGGAAGAACGCACAGGAGGGUGCAUUUUUUAGACGCAAAGGAGUGCUCGCUGGUGGUUCGCAUUUUCCAGUCCCUGGCCAAGUCGGAGGCGCUUGGAGCGGUUGGAGCAGUUGAAGCGGUUGGCGCAGCUGACGCGGAUGACUCCCCGGGGGCGCGCUUCCCCUACGAUGUGUGUGCGUGGGGGGGGAUGAGCGGCAAAUUGGGGGGCAAAUUGGACAGCAAAUUGGAUGACAGUUCGAGAGGCAACUCGCAUGACAGUUUUACCGUCACUUCAGCUGACCAGCUAGUUCCCCCCCCCUGGGAGAAGCUCAACCAGUACCCAAGUGGGGCGAACCCAACCUUCAGCUCCUUCGAAGAGAGUGCCCACCUGAUCAGGUGGCACACCAUGCGUACGUUGCGCCACGUCAUCUGGCAGCAUUGGGAUCUGCUUCCCUUCGAGAGCAAGUGCAUGUUGUGUUACUUCUCCCUGCACGUGCUCGACUUUAGGUUUCCCAUGGGGGGGCACACCCAAUUGGAUGGUUAUCCAUUAGGGAAGACUGUUCCGAACAGUGGUGACUCAUUUUGCCUGACCUGUUCAGGUGAAAUGAAAGUCCCCAAAUUCCCCGAGGGGAGCAUUUUACCCCAGAUGGGCAGGAGCCUCUUCGCAAGAUUGUUGUUUUACGUUUUGGAAUCGAUGGAUCCUAAUUCGCUUAGUGAAGUCACCAUGCGGCAGAUUCAUUUCUGCAUUUUGAGCUUUUACCUGGACGUUAUGGGGUGGACGCCAGAGCAGCAUAGAGGAGAGGCCCGUGCUGCCACCCCCCCAGGGGAUAUGCCCCGUUCUUGUUGUGUAACCGCAUCGGAGGGGACCAGCACAAAUGAGUCGCUGGGGGAAAUGUCCCCUGCCAAGUGCAUAGAUGAGGCAUUUCUUUGCUUCUCCCUGGGGAAGCUCCAGAAGGUGAACGCCCUUUUGGACCUCACCAGGGUGCGAAGCUGCCAGCAGAGGGAGAUGACCCUGACGUCGAGGACGCACGUCGAGGUGUACAACUGCCUGCGGAGGGUCGUCGAAGACCUGAACGGAUCAGGAGAAAGGAAAAGGAGCGUGCUGCACAGCUCCGAGGUGAUCGUUGGCCCGUUUGUGCUGGAUUGUGUAAUUGAACGGGAGGAGUGGGAAAGAGGAAUAACCCCUUCCCAACAUGGCGCCGCUUUGGCAUGA